UGCCUGCAUUACCACUUCCCUCUCCACAUACGAUUGUCGGGAUACUACCCACCUUUGAAGCUUGUAGUAGCCCUCUGCUGCAAAUGAAUACAAAGGGCAGCUACGGAAUGGUGCUGUAGGAGCUUUCCUUCGAUUUUCCUUUUCCUCCGUCCCGUCUUUUUGUCCCUUUCCUUCUACUGAACCAGAGAUACGAUACCCCUCCAUACCCACCUUCGAUAUCAUCUUCCUCCUUCUUCCCUAGGUAGACGACUUGGGCCAUACAGACCAUACCCUACCAGCCAGUUCAGUACUGUCGCAAAACACUACCCGAUUACGACGACGCUGCCCGAUUUCUCGACCUCCAUGAGCCAACGCGGCGCUUGCAACCUUCCAUCGUCGUAAGGGCUGCCGUAAUGUCUGGCACGACGAUAGACGAUGUCGUCAAGCGACUCAGCACGCCGGACCUAGAUCCGAAGGUCAGGGUUGAGGCAGCAACUACCUUGCGAGACAGUUUAGAUCACUACACCACAGGUCCCAUCUACACACCUUUCCUCAAGAAGUUGAUGCCAAUCUUCAUCAGCAUAUUGAGGGGACCAUGCAUCUUCCAAAGCAGCUCCCCGGAGCAGAAACUCCGCAACUGCAUUCUAGAAAUCCUCCACAGACUACCGACCGCAUACGUCCCGACCGAACCCUUCGAACCUUACGCUGAAGAGGUUGUCGACCUCCUCAUGCAACUCGUGCGGACCGAUAACGAAGACAAUGCUACGCUAUGUGUCAAGAUCAUCUCCGACAUCAUGCGGCACCAACAUAAGGUGUUGGGACAGAAGGUGCAGCCUUUCCUGUCGCUGAUCCAGGAUUUGUUCAGGCAAAUGGACAAGGUCGUACGCGAGCAGCUCGAUAACACAUCCGUCCCUUCCAAUGCCGCCGCCGGUGCGCCCUCGACCCCGGGGAGUUCCCAGACCAACUUUCAGUCCCCUCGACCCGGAUCACCCGUCGCCUCGGUAACCGAUCUCGGCCCCGAUCCUCAGCAACAGAAUCGGAUGCUCCUCAAGGGCAUGUCCUCCUUCAAGGUCCUUUCAGAAUGCCCCAUCAUCGUCGUCUCGCUGUUUCCGGCGUACAAGAACCUCGUCGCCUCGAACGUCACGGCAUUCGUGCCGCUCAUCAAAGGCUUCCUCUGCCUGCAAGCGAGUGCGCAGCGACAAGCACAUGCAGACGCUAAAGCGAGGGGGGGGGACAUUUUCACCGGAGUCAGCCCUCUCAUCAGGAACCGGGCGGCCUUUGGCGAAUUCAUUGCGGCUCAGGUGAAGACUAUGAGCUUUCUCGCCUACCUUCUCCGCCAGCACUCCCAGAAGCUGCAGGACUUUUUGCCGACCCUGCCGGAAAUUGUCGUCAGACUCCUCAAGGAUUGUCCCCGAGAGAAGUCGAGCACGCGCAAGGAACUGCUUGUUGCUAUUCGGCAUAUCAUCAAUUUCAACUUUCGCAAGAUCUUUCUGCCCAAGAUUGGCGAGCUCCUGGAUGAGAGGACCCUGAUUGGAGAUGGGCUCACCGUACACGAGACCAUGCGGCCUCUCGCCUACAGCAUGCUGGCGGACCUGAUCCACCACGUCAGGGACCAGCUUACACCCGACCAGAUUCGCAGGACGGUGGAGGUCUACACGAAGAACUUGCAGGACAACUACCCGGGGACGAGCUUCCAGACCAUGAGUGCGAAGCUGCUUCUGAACAUGGCCGAGUGCAUCGCCAAGCUCCAGGACAAGGUCGAUGCCCGGCACUAUCUGAUGAUGAUCCUAAGCGCCAUUGCGGACAAGUUCGAAGCCAUGAAUCGCCAGUACCCCAAUGCCGUGAAGCUCUCCAAGCUGUAUCACCAGCAGGCCGCCGACGGCAAGGCCGAGAGCUACCUCGCCGACAGGGAUCAACCGCCCGACUGGGAUGAGACCGACAUCUUCACCGCGAUGCCCAUCAAAACCAGCAACCCUCGCGAGAGGGGCGCGGACCCCGUCGCCGACAACAAGUUCCUGUUCCGAAACCUUAUGAAUGGAUUGAAGAACACGUUCUAUCAGCUCAGGGGCUGCAACGCCGUGGCCAAUGUCAACCUCCAGAACGCGCCCCCCCAGUGGCAGGACGUGGCUUAUGGCUUCACCGCCGAGGAGGUCAAGAUCAUCGUGAAGCUCUUCCGCCAAGGUGCUUAUGUCUUCCGUUACUACGAGACCGAGAAACCCAGCAGCGAGGCCCAGUACACGUCUCCCGUCGAGUACAUGGCCAAUUUCUACAUGGUUUCGAGCAGUAAGGAGGAGAAAGACCUGCUGGAGACGUUCGCGACCGUGUUUCACUGUAUCGAUCCCGCCACCUUCCACGAGGUUUUCCAGCAGGAGAUCCCUCACCUCUACGACAUGAUCUUCGAGCACACGGGGCUGUUGCAUAUCAUGCAGUUCUUCCUAGCGAGCGAGGCCACAUCGCCUAGCUUCUGCGGCAUGCUGCUGCGCUUUUUGAUGGACAGAAUAGACCAGGUCGGUUCGGCAGACAUAAAGAGGUCCGCAAUCCUGUUGCGACUCUUCAAGCUGGCUUUCAUGGCCGUUACCUUGUUCGCAAACCAAAAUGAACAGGUCUUGCUCCCUCACGUUGUCGACAUUGUCACCCAGUCCAUCGAGCUCUCCACGCGGGCCGAGGAACCUAUGAACUACUUCUUCCUACUGAGAUCGCUGUUCCGAAGCAUCGGCGGCGGCAAGUUUGAACACCUCUACAAGCAGAUUCUCCCUCUGCUGGAGAUGCUUCUUGACGUACUGAACACACUCCUGAUGGCCGCACGGAAACCGUCGGAGCGUGAUCUCUACGUGGAGCUGUGUCUUACGGUGCCCGCUCGGCUGAGCAAUCUGCUCCCGCACCUCAGCUUCCUCAUGCGGCCCUUGGUGGUCGCCCUGCGCGCCAGCACCGACCUCGUCGGCCAGGGUCUGAGGACCCUGGAGCUCUGUGUCGACAAUCUGACGGCUGACUAUCUCGAUCCCAUCAUGGCGCCGGUCAUCGACGAGCUCAUGACGGCCCUGUUCGACCAUCUCCGGCCCCAUCCCUACAGCCAUUUCCAUGCGCACACGACGAUGAGGAUCCUCGGAAAGCUCGGUGGCAGGAAUCGAAAGUACAUUACUGGACCGCAGCCUCUCGACUUUUCAGAAUUCGCAGAUGACCCAACCACUUUUGAUAUUCGGCUCGUGGGCUCGAAGAAGGACAGAGCGCUUCCCGCGGAGCUGGGCAUCGACCUGGCCAUCCGCAAGCUCAUGGAGGCCCCCAGGCCGAGUAAGGGCAACAACCAGUCCCGCCAGCAUGACGGCUAUUACAAAAAGCAGUCGUUCCAUUACAUCAAGUCCCAGCUGAAGUUGAGGAUCGGCUUCGAUAACUUGCCAGACGAUCUCCCGAGGCUGCUCCGGCUCCAAGCGCAGGACUUCCUCUCCAGGAAGCUCGACGCUGACCUGUCUGCGUUCGACGUCUCCGAUCGAGAGAGGUCCAUCGCCAAGAAGAAUGAACAGGACAUCCUGGUGAGGAACCUGCUCAAAGCGAUCAUGUUCGCGGAAUCGUUGCCCGACUUCAAGGAGGACGCCAGCUCGUUCCUUGUCAACGUUGCGAGGCACUUCACCAUCGUCGAGAUUGGCCGGUCACUCGUGGAUGCGAAGCAUGCCUACAGCCAGUUCAACCCCAAUGCAGGCGAGGGCCCUCUCUACAUCUCCACUCGAGUCUUCUCCGACGCCAUCGUCGAGUCGCUGUCGUCGGAACAUCCGGACGUCCGGGAUUCGGCGAAGCGGGCCAUCCGCGAAAUCUACAGCACGGCGACGGCCAUCAUGGGAUCGACGCAUGCCGUGGCACGCCUCCCCUUUGUCAACAACCUGGCCUCGACCUUCUGCCACGCGUGCUACGAGGAAGAAUGGUUCACCAAAGCCGGAGGCACCAUAGGCAUCAACUUCCUCCUCACGGAGCUGAACCUAGGAGACCAGUGGGCUACCGGCAAGCAGACGGAGUUCAUCCGUGCGCUCAUGUAUGUCGUGAAGGACAUGCCUCAGGAUUUGCCCGAGAAGACGAGGUCGACUGCGCAAGUGACCCUCGAGACCCUUUUGCAGAGGGUGACCAAGAACAUCAAGAAGGAAGACGUCCUUCCGGUUCCCAUGCCUCCCGGCCAACAGCAGCAGCAACACCAUCAGCAGCAGCAGCAGCAACAGCAGCAGCAGCGCAACCGUCUUCCCCAGAUCUGCAUGCACUUCAACAGCGAACUGUCGCAUAUGAACCGGCACGUCCGCGAGACGGCGAAGAGGUCUCUGGAGCUGAUCGCCAAGGCGGCGUCGUGCGAGGUGUGGGAGCUCAUUGCGCCUUACAAGGACCGAUUCCUCCAGCCGAUCUAUUCGAAGCCCCUGCGCGCGCUGCCGUUCCCCGUUCAGAUCGGCUACAUCGAUGCCAUGACGUACCACAUGACGCUCAAGCACGACUGGGUCGUGUUCGACGAACAUCUGAACAGACUUCUGAUGGAGUCGCUUGCCCUGGCCGAUGCCAGCGACGAGUCCUUGGCGAACAAGCCCGCCGAGUUCCGGACGCACGAGUACAUCGUCAACUUGCGGGUGGCCUGCAUCAAGCUCCUGAGCACGGCCAUGGGGUUCGACGACUUUGCCAAGGGACAGAACACCGCGGCGACGCGAGCCAAGAUUGUCUCCGUCUUCUUCAAGUCGCUGUACUCCGACUCGAAGGCCACCAUAGAUGCCGCCAACGACGCUCUCAAAUCCGUGUUGCAGCAGACAAACAAGCUGCCCAAGGACCUGCUUCAGGGAGGGCUCCGACCCGUGCUGGCCAAUCUCCAAGACCCGAAGAAACUCACCUGCCACGGGCUCGACAACCUGGCGCGGUUGCUUAAGCUGCUUACCACGUACUUCAAAGUGGAAAUCGGAGCUCGUCUGUUGGAUCAUGUCAAGGUCCUGGCUGACCCGGGGGUACUACACCUGCUCUCUUUCACCUACUUCGAGCAACAUGCGCAGAUGAAGGUUGUGGCGGCGGUCUUUAACAUCUUCCACCUCCUCCCUCCGGCCGCCGAGACGUUCAAAGAUCGGUUGAUCGACCUGGUAUUGGACCUCGAGGAGAAGCUGCGGCGGACGCAGAUCAGCCCGUUCCGCGCGCCCCUCUACAAGUAUCUCAACCGGUAUCCGGCCGAGAUGUGGGCUUUCUUGUUGCCGAAGAUGGGCGAGCUGAAGUACGGUCGCUUCUUGGCUCAAGUGCUCGCUCACCCAGACAGUGGUCCGCUCCGGAGGGAGGCGGUCGCCGCCGUGGACGGUCUCAUCCAGACCUGCCAGGAAAUCGCCUCCAAGGACCAGGGCGCCAAGUUUGUGGCCGUCAUCAACACCGUCAACCUCCUCAACUCCUUGAGCCGGUGGCCCGGCUCCGAAGGUUGGGUCGAGAAGAGGGAGAUCCUGGCAUGGUUGAGACAGGCAGGCAAGGAGCUCGAGAGCGAGUUGCGCAACUACUCCAUCGCGGCGACCCUCCGCCUGCCGGCAUCUCAGGCUCUAGAGCAGGUCAUGUCCAUCUUCUUGAAGUCCCUCGAGAGGAGUCAGAAGGACUUGGAUUCGCUCCUCAGCUUGGCCGAGGCGGUCACGGCUAGGGAUUUCCGAGACGCCCAGCCGCUCAUCUCAUACAUCUACAAGAAUAUCAUCAACAGCGGUUCCGUCGACGUCUGGAAAGCGGCCGUCCUCAAGUGCCUCGAUGCGUACUCGUCCAAGAACGUCUCCCAGAAGAUGAAGCGCUUCCUGCUGCACUACGUCGUCAACCCCAUCAUCGCCAUGGACGUGCAAGAAAAUUGGAAUGCGCCGCCGCAGGGGACUCCUCGCCUGAUGGAUCGAAGCGUGAUCGACGCGGUCACGACCAAGAUCUGGAAGACGCACCAGGACACCAGCCAAGACGCGGACGACCUGUCCCAGCCCGGGAUCGACCACACGAGGUUCGAGGUUCUCCAGCUGUCUGCCAUGCUCGUCAAGUACCACCACCAGACCAUCCAGGAGGCCAGGAAAGACAUCAUUAAGAGCUGCUGGACCUUCAUCCGGCUCGACGACGUCGUCAACAAACAUGCCGCGUAUGUUGUCAUUGGGUAUUUCAUCGCGUUGUACGAGACGCCGGUCAAGAUCGUCACGCAGGUGUACGUGUCGCUGCUCAAGACCAACCAGAACGAAGGCCGGGCGCUCGUGACGCAGGCCCUGGAGCUGAUCGCACCGGUCCUUCCGAAGCGGCUGGGCACUGCGCCGAACGAUAGGAACGCGGCCUGGGCCGUGGCACCGCGCAGGGUCCUCGCCGACGAAGGCUUGAACAUCCAGCAGAUGACGAGCACGUUCAACUUCCUUGUCCGGCACCCCGAUCUCUUCUACGAGUCGCGAGACAAGUACGCCAUGCUCCUGAUCACGUCGCUGAGGAAGGUGGCCAUGCCUUCCAAUGCGUCGCAAGAGUCUAAGAAGCUCGCCCUGAACAUGAUGUGGUUGAUUUGGCUCUGGGAGCAGAGGAGGGUGGAGGCCACCGGCGACGCCAUGGCCCGCGACGUCGUCGACGCGUCCUCCUUGUCCCCAGCCGCUAGGAAGCGGAAGCUGGAGGGUGGUGGUGAUCAGGUCAUGUCCUCGCCGCCGACGGCUAGGCAGCUCCCGGCCGGCCAGAACGACUAUCAGAUCCCCCCCGUGGGCCGCCUUAAGAUGGUGAGGUAUCUGAUCGAGUUCAUCGCCCAACUCAACGAGAGGUAUCAGCUCCCGUCUACCAAGACGAAGGAGCCGUCGUCUGUGAACGCUUUGCCGACGCCUCAACCCGAGCUGUACCAGAAGGCGAUGGCCCUCCUCUACAACCUGCUCCAACCGCAGUACUGGGCCGACCUGGACGUCGACCUGUUCCCCCAUGUGACCGAGGCGGUUCUGGCCAGCGAUAAGACGCAGGCGGUUCUGGCCACCGAUCCGUCCGACAAGGACAAGUUCGACGACAAGUUCUUGACGAGCGUGAUCAACACGCUCCAGAUUGUCAGGAUCAUCCUUCACUUCAAGUCGGACGACUGGAUACAGAGGAACAUUGCUUCGAUGCAGAAGGUUCUCGACAAGUGUCUGAAGAGCGAGAUCCCGGAGGUGCAAGACUGCCUUCACGUGGCGGACCCGAACUUCGACGGCGGCCGGGAUAUCAAACCGACGAUCAAACGGGUCUUGGAUUCCGUGCCCGAAGACGUCCCCAUGGAAGAUGCCGACGCGGAGGUCGACACGGAUUCCCCGACGUCCGAAUUCAUCCAGUCGCUGUCUGCGAUGGCCGGGGAGGCCAUGGCGGCCGGUAACUACACCUCCGGGGUCAAUCUCCUGUGGUCGCUGGGUCACCGCAAGCCCACGGUGAUCGACCAGCACAUCCCCGUCCUCAUGAAAGCCUUGCAGAGCAAACUGGCCCGCGAACACGUUCAAAACUACACCAUCCAAGCUAGCUUGCAAGCCGGUCCGGCCGCCGCCGCCGCCGCCGCUAACAGGGGCCCUGACGCUUCUCCCCCGCCUGGCGAGAUGUCGCCCGACGACCUCGAGAUCUCCACCACUCUGAUGCUCAGGGCCAUGCAGACCAUUUCCUCGCGGAUGGAAGUGCUGGGCGAUCACCGUCGGCCUUUCCUCAGCGUCCUGGCCACGCUUGUGGAGAAGUCGAUGCACAUGGCCUUGUGCGAGGAGAUCCUCUCCAUGGUGGAGGGCUGGGUAUUCCGGUCCGAGGGCACGUGGCCCACGCUUAAGGAGAAGACGGCUGUGCUGCACAAGAUGCUCUCGUUCGAGCACCGACAAGACCCGACCAUGCUGUCCAAGUUCCUGGACCUCGUUAUCCGGAUCUACGAAGACCCGAAGAUCGCACGGACAGAACUCACCGUUCGGAUGGAGCACGCGUUCUUGAUAGGCACCAGGGCGCAAGAUGUGCACAUGCGAAACCGAUUCAUGGCCAUCUUCGACAAGAGCCUCUCCAAGACGGCCACGGCGCGGCUCUCUUACGUGCUGACGUCGCAGAACUGGGACACGCUCGCCGAUAGCUUCUGGCUCGCCCAGGCGUCUCAGCUCCUACUGGGCGGCGUCGAGCUGAACACGGCCGCGCAGCUGCACCACGAGGAUUUCCGGAUCAUGCCCGUCAGCCGGCUGUGUGCCGUCUACGCCAGGGACACCCGAGAGCCGUCGAACAUGGCGGACGACAAGUACGACGCCCUCAUGGCACAGCAUCGUCGGUUCAUGAGCGAGAUGGCCGACCUCAAGGUCCGCGACUUGGUCGAACCGCUCGGCCAGCUCCAGCACGCCGACACGACCUUGGCGCACCAGCUCUGGGUGGCCCUGUUCCCGCUCUACUGGUCGGCCACGGCCCGGGAUGAACGGACGGAUCUCGAACGGGGCAUGGUGACGCUCCUGACGAAGGACUACCACAGCCGUCAGAUCGACAAGCGUCCCAACGUGGUCCAGUCCCUCCUGGAGGGCGCGGCCAAGGCGUGGCCCGACUGCAAGAUGCCGCCGCACGUGCUCAAGUACGAGGCCAAGACGUACGACGCUUGGUACACGGCGCUCGUGCAGCUGGAAAGGGCGGCCAUGCAGCCGGAGGUCGAGUCGGUCAAGGUGCGCGAGAGCAACCUCGACGCGCUCGUCGACCUGUACGCCACGCUCCAGGAGGACGACAUGUUCUACGGCACGUGGCGGCGGCGGUGCCAGUUCGUCGAGACCAACGCGGCGCUCUCCUACGAGCAGAACGGCAUGUGGGAUAAGGCGCAGAAGAUGUACGAGACGGCGCAGAUCAAGGCGCGGACCGGCGUGGUCCCGUUCUCGCAGGGGGAGUACAUGAUCUGGGAGGACCACUGGGUGCUCUGCGCGCAGAAGCUCCAGCAGUGGGACAUUUUGCAGGACUUUGCCAAGCACGAGAAUUUCCAGGACCUGCUGCUCGAGUGCGCCUGGCGGAACAUGGAGAUGUGGCAGGACAGCGCGCAGCGCGAAGCCCUGGACACGCUCAUCAAGGGGGUCAUGGACGCGCCGACGCCGCGCCGGGCCUUCUUCCAGGCGUUCAUGUCGCUGCUCAAGUUUUACAACAAGCAGGAGUCGCCGGUCGAGUUUGCCAAGUCGUGCGACGAGGCGAUCCAGCUCUCGAUCCGGAAGUGGCACCAGCUGCCGCAGCGGCUGACGCGGGCCCACGUGCCCCUGCUGCAGAACUUCCAGCAGCUGGUGGAGCUGCACGACGCGCAGGUGAUCUGCCAGAGCCUGGCGGGCACGACGCAGGCGAACCUCGACGUCAAGUCGGGCGAGCUCAAGCUUCUCCUGGCGGCGUGGCGCGACCGGCUGCCCAACGUGUGGGACGACAUCACGGCGUGGCAGGACCUCGUCACCUGGCGCCAGCACAUCUUCGGGCUCAUCAACCAGACGUACCUGCAGCUCCUGCCGCAGCAGGGGGGCGGGCAGCAGAACACCAGCGGGGCGUCGUUCGCGUACCGCGGCUACCACGAGACGGCGUGGAUCAUCAACCGGUUCGCGCACGUGGCACGCAAGCACAACCUGCCCGAGGUGUGCAUCAGCCAGCUGAGCCGCAUCUACACGCUCCCGAACAUCGAGAUCCAGGAGGCGUUCCUGAAGCUGCGGGAGCAGGCCAAGUGCCACUACGAGAACCCGGAGGAGCUCACGAGCGGGCUGGACGUCAUCAACAACACGAACCUCGGCUACUUCAACCCGCCGCAGAAGGCCGAGUUCUACACGCUCAAGGGCAUGUUCCUGGAGAAGCUCAACCAGAAGGAGGAGGCGGACCAGGCGUUCGGCACGGCGCUGUUCUUCGACAUCACGGCGGCCAAGGCGUGGGCCGAGUGGGGGUACUUCAACGAGCGGAAGUUCAAGGAGGACCCGACGGACCUCAACUCGGCGCGGCAGGCGGUGACGUCGUACCUGCAGGCGGCGGGGAGCUACAAGAACGCCAAGUCGCGGAAGCUGCUGUCGCGGAUCCUGUGGCUGCUGAGCCUGGACGACGCGAGCGGGACGAUCGCGGCCGGGUUCGACGACUUCAAGGGCGAGACGCCGAUCUGGUACUGGAUCACGUUCAUCCCGCAGCUGCUGACGGGGCUGGGCCACAAGGAGGCGCCGCGGGUGCACCAGAUCCUGACCAAGAUUGCCAAGUCGUACCCGCAGGCGCUGUACUUCCAGCUGCGGACCAACCGGGAGGACAUGGCGGUGAUCAAGAAGAACCAGGAGGCGAAGGAGAAGGCGCGGCAGCGGGCGCAGUCGGCGGCGGCGGCUUCGAAUCCUGGGCAGCCGGGCGCGGCGUCUCCUCAGCUGCCGAAGCAAGAUGGUGCUGGUUCGAGACCGGGGACGGCCGGCGGGGAGGCGUCUAUUUCUUCUGCCCCUGGCGCGGUCAAGACGGAGCCUGGUGCGACGAAUGGUGCGACGAACGGAAAUACUUCUGUUGCUGCUGCUCCGGGGGGUAAUGCGAAUGCGAAUGCGAAUGCGAAUGCGAAUGGCCAGACGGGCCAGCAGCAGCAGCAGCAGCAGCAGCAGAACAAUGCGGCACAACAGGCGGCGCAACAAACAAAUCAACAACAGACACCCACUCCCCAGCAAGCACAGCAACGACCACCGUCUCAGCAGAUGCACCAGGCGCCGCCGGGUCGUGGACAGAAGCGGCCUCCUUGGGAGCUCACGGAGGAGAUUAUGAGCCACCUAAAGUCGGCGUUCCCGCUUCUCGCCCUGUCGAUGGAGACGAUGGUGGACCAGAUCCAGAAGAACUUCAAAUGCCCGCCCGACGAGGACGCAUACCGGCUCAUCGUGGCGCUGCUCAACGACGCGCUGGCGUAUGUCAGUCGCAUGCCGUCUUCGUACGCCAAGAUCAAGUUGCCGCCGGCGACGGAGACGAACAUUGUGCGAUUCGCGGAGACGAUCCUGCCAGCGCACAUCAAGAAGUCGUUCGAGGCGGAUUUCGUGCAAGUCAAGCCGACGAUGGACGAAUACAUCAUGAAGCUCCGCCACUGGCGCAACAAGUUCGAGGAGAAGCUCGACCGCCGGCAGACGCGCGUCAACCUGGAAGCGUUCUCGCCGCACCUCAGCGAGUUCCGGUACCAGAGGUUCGACGACGUGGAGAUGCCCGGGCAGUACCUCGAACACAAGGACAAGAACCAGGACUUCAUCCGGAUCGAGCGGUUCCUGCCCAACGUGGACCUGGUGCGGUCGAUCAGCGCGUCGUACCGGCGGCUCCGGAUCCGCGGGCACGACGCCAGCGUGCACUCGUGGGUGGUGCAGCACCCGGCGGCGCGGCACUGCCGGCGGGAGGAGCGCAUCCUGCAGCUGUUCCGACAGCUCAACCAGACGCUCAACCGGCGGAAGGAGAGCCGGCGGCGGGACCUGCAGUUCACGCUGCCGCUGAUGGUGCCGCUGGCGCCGCACAUCCGGAUCGUGCAGGAGGACACGUCGUACAUCACGCUGCAGGGGGUGUACGAGGACCACUGCCGGCGGCACGGCAUGUCCAAGGACGAGCCGGUGCUGUUCACGAUGGAGAAGCUGCGCGGGGUGCUGGACAGCAAGAACCCGAAGCACGGCGAGCAGGGCGCGACGGCGCGGCUGGAGGUGUUCAACGCGAUCCAGGAGAAGUGGGUGCCGCACACGGUGGCGCUGGAGUACUUCCAGCGCAUCUUCCCGCACUACUCGGAGUUCUGGCUCUUCCGGCGGCACUUGUCGUACCAGCUGGCGACGCUGACGUUCAUGACGUACAUCCUGUACAUGCACAACCGGUACCCGCCCAAGAUGCACGUGGCGCGGGCGUCGGGCCGCAUCUGGGGGUCGGAGCUCAUGUCGUUCCUCAGCCCGAACAAGCCGUUCUUCCACAACCCGGAGCCGGUGCCGUUCCGGCUGACGCCGAACCUGCAGACGCUCAUGGGCCCGCUGGGGAUGGAAGGGAUCUUCAGCUGUGCGCUGAUGGCGGUGGCGCGGUGCCUGCUGGUGCCGGAGCACGGGCUGGAGCACGCGCUGACGCUGUUCGUGCGGGACGAGAUGAUUUACUGGUUCACGAGCUCGCACCGCGUGGUGCAGAUGACGGAGCAGCAGCUGCGCGAGUCGGUGCAGCUGAAUACGGACUCGAUUGUGAAGAGGGCGGCGAGCCUGGCGCAGAGCCCGACGAGCAAUUUGCCGGCGAACCAGACGGUCAUUGAUUUGAUUGCCAAGGCCGUCAAUCCUAUGAACCUGGCGCAGUGCGAUGCGCUGUGGAUGCCGUGUUUGUAGGGGGGGAGGGUGUGUGUGAUGGAAGUCGAGUGGAGUGUGAGGUGUGAGGAGUGUGAAGAGACAAUGAUUAUCAUGGGACGAAGGAGUUGUUUUGGACUGUUUUACUAGCUCUCUGUUUUUCUUUUCUUUUUCUUUGCUGUCUUUGUCUGGGAAUUGGGGACGAGUCGAGUCUGUCCGUGGAAGAAGCAUGGCGUUAACAGGAGAGAGUUGGAACAGUUGAGGCACCUACAUACAGGUGGAGGAGUUGUGGGAAAACAAGGGGGAUCACUGUUAAUUCUUUGCUCAGAGCAAGGCUAUUCUAAUUCAAUGUAUUAUUGGCUCUAUUAAUAUUGUUCCUUUAUUUCCCC